CGCUACAAGAACUCGCUAAAGUAGCUUGAUCAGUGGUUUGCAAAUGGAGGCCCACCUCCUGUCAUGGGUCGUUGCUAAGCUUCUGGCCGUCUGCGCAUCUUCAGACUUCCCGAGCCGCCAGCAACGCUCGGGUCAAAUGUGAGGCCGCUAGAGCGAACGAAAGCCUUACACUUUCACCAGGCUAGGCUGCCACUGUCCCUGUGACUCUUAUAUGCACACGCAUUCAAUAGACCUGUGUCACCCAAGUUUCCAUGUCAUUUGCCCCUCAUCUCAUCUAUCCACCGUGCUUUGUGCUGUGGUUCUUUCAGACAUUUCAUCGUCUAUUAAUUCCGUCGCAACUAUCUCUCAUUCUCAUAUCGAGACUUGGCACACAAGGUCUCAGAACCCCGUACAGUACGGUAUAGUACACUUCACCCACGAUGCCCUCACAUCCUGAGGAUGUGCCGCCUCCGCCUUACUCGGAGACGGACAUCUAUUCCACCUCUGGCAGAGCUGCAUCGCCUGCCCGCAGAGACUCGUAUACCAUCGAUACCCAGUCGACCUCGUCUACAAACGGCGAUGUGAUAUAUACGCCCCCUCUCACUCCUCGAAGCUCCCACCACUCCAACUUUGCCGGUGAGGUUGAGACUGCCAGCUCGGCGGCUGCCGCAUACUUUGAGAGCCGUUCAGCGCCUCUCAUCCUCAACCAGCCCCAUAUCAUCCACUCCAUCACCCUCCGAGAAGACUCAACACCUGAAAGCCUACCAUAUCCCGGCGAGCUAGCAGCGCGUGAUGUCCGCCUGGAGGAUUGGCAGACCUUUGUGAACUACCUAAUGCCGCACUACUCGGCCGCCAGCAAUGAGCAGGUGAUUGACCGCAAGCUCCGCGCCGAGGGCCUCUCGGUCCCGAGCGGCAAUAACAGCAACAACAACAAUAACGAUGACGCCCGCUCGCAGGCUUCAAGCCGGAGCCAUGCCGCAGCCCAGCUGGACCAGAUUCGCUCCGGCAUCGAUGCUGAUGCUGCCCGUCAACGCCAGAAUAUCGACGCCACCGUGCGCGAAUGGAACGAAGGCUUUUUCGCCCCGCGCAGCAUCACCAUCCGUGUCAACUCGCCCCCACCCGUCGUCCUCGACGAGCGGGAACCGCAACCACAGCCACAGCCACAGCCACACAUGCCUGGUGCGUGGGACCAGUCGUUCGACCAGCAGAACGCGGCCGAGCCGGGUCUCGGCCCCUCUAAUUCCCGUCCUCGGUUCGGCUUCUUCGAACGGCUCGCUGGCGCUCGUGGCGCCCAUGCAGGCCGGGGCGGUGAGGGCCGCGGUGGGUUCCGCUGGGGCGGCAUCAAUGUCGAGAACGACCGCGUGUCGAUUGGGAAUAGCUUUGUCGCUGACGGCCGCACCGGGUCAGUUCGGAUUGGCGGCAUCGUGGCGGACAGUAAUGGGAUCAGUAUCAAUGGGAUGCCCAUGUUCAACCCGGGACACCGCGGCGGGGGCCUUUCUGCCAUGCACGGCCGCAGAGGCGGCUGCGGGGCGGGCUUUGGCCCCGGGGGUCCUGGCGGAUGGCCGUUUGGCCCCGGUCAUUGCGGGCCCCGUGGGGGUUGGGGCGGGCCUGGACGCGGUCGUGGUGGCCAUCCAGGGUGGGGAAGAGGACGCUGGUGGACUCCCCCACCGCCGGGUGAAGGGCCACCGCCGCCGCCAGAGGGCGAUUCAGGCCCUCCUCCGCCAGAACGCGGCCGUGGACCCUGGGGACACCAUCAUCCUCAUCCCCAUCAUCCUCCCCAUGGACGCCCCCGGUCGCGAUCGAGCUCCGCGUCGAGUACCUCGUCCCGAUCGUCCUCCUGCUCUGAAUCGACGGUUGGUUCUCUGCCAGAUUAUGACGAUUUGCGCGGUUCGCAGCUGGACAUUACGAAGAAAUACGUCGAGGAAUGCCUCCGUCAUCCCGAGCAACGCAUCACUAAGGAGAAGGUGAAGAGCGUGAAAGAGCAGAUCAAGCAGGCGCGGAAAUCCGGAUCGAACAACAACCCUGCUAAUGCCACCACUGACCAAGCCACGCUUCGCAAGGAAGUUAAAGAGCUUCUGCGGCAAUGGAAGAGCCUCAAGAAGGAGCAGAAGCGCCAGCGCAAGCAACUCCGGCGAGAGAGGAGGCAGCGCCGCAAGCAGGAGAAGCGCGAGCGCAGGCAGGUCCGGCGCGAGAUGCGACAGGCCGCCAGGGACAUGCGGCGGGAGCGCCGCAGCGGUCCAUUCCCCUUCCCUGGUAUCCCGCCGGUGCCUCAUGCUUUCGGCGCCCACCCGCCGCCACCACCACCGCCACCACAUCAUGGACCGCAUGGACCGCAUGGACCGCAUGGACCGCCGCCGCCACCGAUGUUCCCGCCGGGAAUGAUGGACUUUGCCAACGCGUUCCGCAAUAACCCAUGGGGCUGGCCCCACGGCGGGCCUCAUCAUACCCAUGCCCAUUCUGGAGCGGAAGCGGGAGCGGGAGCGGGUUCGGCAGCCCCUGGGGCGUGGCCCGCUGAUGCCGAGGGCGUAGAAGACAAUGCCCAUGCAGCAUCAGCGGAGAAGUACAAAGCCGUCUUGGAUCUCGGAAACGAGAUUGCCAUGAAAGAGGCGGAGCUGCUCAAGCUGCACGAAACGAUCGCGUUGGAGCAUGAGGAGACGGCACGAGCACGAACUCCAGGCAGUGGCGCCGGCCAGCCGCCUUCUAGUCAUGAUGACGGGGAGAGUGAGAAGAAGCUCUCCAAGAGAGAGAGAGAGGCGCUCGAGAUGGAAAGGGAGAUUGAACAGCUGGCUGAGACGCUCGAGAUGUUGCGUACCGAGGCCGACGAGGAGUUCGCGAGGGAACUGGCGGAGGAGGAAGCUCGCCGGGUGGCGGUUUGAGUUAUGAGUUAUGAUUGAAUGUACUGUAUGAAGGGUUCUUAUGGGGAGUACUAACGGUCGUUUUGCACCCGAGUGCAGGUAAUCCAAUUUGAGCGAGUUUGAUGAUACAUAUUGUCAGGGGCAAGCAACAUGGUGAUGCGAUGGCUUAAAGUUUACUCUCCGCUUACCUUAUUUAUCAGACAAGAAAUACAAAAUAUAGUAACGAGUUUAUCCAU